AUGUCUUGGUUCUUCUUCCAGCGCAGCCGCCGCGUCCCACCACUGUUUAGGCGUUAUCUCAGCUAUGAGCAGAAAUACCAGGACAAGAUUAGGAGGCUUGCGGAAGAACGAGGAGUUGCGGUGUCGGAGCUGAUGGCAAAAGUAAAGCAAGAACAACGACAAGAAAACAAGCCACCCAUAGCACCCAGCCCUUCAGGAGCAGGGCGCAAAGAUAGCUCCCCUGUCAAGCCACUGUCGUCCCUGCUCAACCUAACGCGUAUUACCGCGACUCCACACACUUCCGAGCAAAUAUCUGCGUUGUGGACCGUAUUCCACGAAUCUAGAUCAAAUGGGACGGGUCGAGGAUAUGUCUGCGCGUCCAUUCCGUUGGGGCUUUACUCAAAAAUGGCAGCAAAAGCAGCGAAAUACCCCAUGUUUGUAGUACCGCUGAAGAGAGGCGAAAAAGAGGAAGCAGCACACGAGUUCUAUCUUCUCCAAUGGUCGUUCCAUGACCCACCACCACCACCACUGCAAGAUGAUCUCUUUUCACCACCAACACGAAGUCAGCCUUCAACACCAACCGUGCCGGUCUCCACCGUCAUGUUUACUCCCCUCCAGGAGUACAAAUCACGCACAACAUUUGCGACGCCCUACUUGGUCCUCACCAAUUACACCGACCUGGCCGAGAGCCAUAACACUGUUCUCCUUCACGGAGAACUUACCCCUUCUGCUGCCGUCCCAGGCGCACCCGCUGCGGACGAGCGUUAUCUUUUACCCCAAAAUGACGCGCUUCGUCUGACCACCAGCGUCCAAAACUUCUACCUCGAUGCUUCUCCAGACCGAGAAAAGCUGCUCAAAGCUUUCCACGAGACACCAGCCGAGUUUGAUUGGACGGAGUUGCUCAAGCAUGCCAUUUAG